ACGGACAGGUGUCUCGGCCAGUCACAGGUGGGUGUCGGCUCACAGAAUGACGGAAACGACCAACCGAUGGAAAAACUCGCCGAUCCAAAUGAAAGCUGAAGGAGGACUCCACUGAUUGGUCGUCACACAACCCUGAUGAUGUCAUCUCAACAGAAAGCCAGAAAACAAAGACAAUUAAUAAUUUGCACAAUUUAUCAAUUAACAGAAUUAAUCAGCAACAACUUUAGUGAUCGAUUAGGUCAUUUAUAAAAAACUUAAAACUCAAGCUGGUGUCAGUUUCUCAGAUUUUAUGUUUUAUAUCAGUAAAUUGAAUCUCUUUGGACAUGUGAAGACGAAACCUUGGACUCUUCAAACUGUUUUCAUUAUUUUCGAUUAUUUUUUUAUUUUAUUUUUAGAUCAAUAAAAAUAUAAUUAAAUAAUGGAAAUCAGCAUUAACUGCUGCCCGCACUUGAUACAGAAGGUCCUUGUUCUUUGGUCUCACAUAUUUCCUGAAUAUCAGAUAUUCUGGACAGUUUGUUCGACUGUAAUUUACAUCCUUGUAGGAAUUAUUAAAAUAAAAAUAAAAAUCCAGUUAGUUUGCAUGCUUAGAGUCGAUGUGCAGUUUCCUGGGUCUGUGACCACAGAGUGGAGCCCUGUUCCUGCUGGAAAUCCCAGGGCAUGACGGGAGAGUGCCCCUCCUCCUCCUCCUCCUCCUCCUCCUCCUCCACCUGUGUGCAGGUGUAUAAAGGAGUCUUUCUCUGGCUGGAAACAGACUCCAGCAGCCGCUCACACUGAGAUCUUUGUCACAAACUGUCGGAUUUCCUGCAGAAAGAUGGAGACGCUGCUCGCACUCUGGCUCGCUCUCGCCGUCGCCGCCUCAGCGUCCUCCACGACUCCUGCUGCCCUGACGACCGCCUCACCGUCUCAGGAUGUUUCUACACACACCGUACCCAUGACAACCGAUCACACCUCCAGCUCGACCAGUUCAACCACCAGGAGAGAAACCGGUCCCACCAGCGACCGCACGACAACGCACGGGUCCACCACCAGUCUGCCCAGUCCCACCAGCGACCACAGAACAACGCACGGGUCCACCACCAGUCUGCCCAGUCCCACCAGCGACCACAGAACAACGCACGGGUCCACCACCAGUCUGCCCAGUCCCACCAGCGACCACAGAACAACGCAUGGAUCCACCAGUGACCACAGAACAACGCACGGACCCACCACAACCAGUGAAACCAGUCACACCGUCAACUCCACCUCUGACCACAUCGUCACCCAGUCCAGUCCCACCACAGCAGAAACACAUGGAUCCCGCAACACGACGCCGCCCCACGCUGCCACGACAGCCACCCCUCCAAACGGUACUGAGCACCACACAACAAACGGUUCUUCUGUCACCACGACGACAAACACCACACACGCCGCAACGGUUUCCCCUGGCAACAACACUCACGUCAGCUCUACGUCCGCCGCGAAGCCGUCUACUGAUACCAUGGCAACAAGAACUACAAGAGCCAGCAGCUCACCUGUUUCUGUUUCCCCGAAUAAACCAAUCACAUCCAAGAGCCCGAGCACGAGCACGCCCCCGGCCGGCGGCGGCGGCGUUCCUGGGUGGGGCAUAGCUCUGCUGGUCCUGGCAGCUCUGGUUCUGCUGCUGCUGAUCCUGCUGCUGAUCGGACUGCUGGUGUGGUGCUGCUGCUAUAGGGGGCGCUACAAAGGCUUCAGUCCCUACGACCAUCUGAGCCACAGAGACGACAUCCCUCUGUACACCACGCACAGCCGCUUCGAAGGGCCCAACGGGAAACCAUACGAGGAACUGGAUAGGCCGACGAAGAGCCGGACGGGGAUGUACACGGUCAACCAGUAACGACGCUCUACGGCUCAGCGGCCGGCAGAGAGGAAGACCAACACGGGACAAAAUCACUUGAACACGCUUUGUGUUUCACUGUUUUUAAAGUUACAGUCCUGAGUUUAAUGAACCUCUAACACUUGUAUUGUUUCUCUCAUUAGCUUUUUUAUUGUCUGCUAAUAAUGACAAGCCUUUUCUUUUUAAAAAGAGCUGAAAAUUACAGAAUUGUCACGAUAAAAUCAUAAUUAUAUUUUGUACUGAUAAAAUUGUUUUACUAUAUUCAUUAAUUGAGUCAUUGCUAUUUUUUAUAUAUUGCCUUUUUUAUUUAAGAUAUUGUCACUGCUAUGACUGUUUUGCAUUACAUCCUUCAUAUACAUUUAAAAUAUGUAUAUUAAGGACGUAAUUAGACCAUACAACAAAAUCUUAAAAAAGGGACAGUUCACCCCAAACACGAAGCUACACCUGUCUCCUCUCACCUGCAGCGCUGCAGAGGUCUGGAGACGUCGGCCUGUAAAUAAAAAAUAAACAAAAUAAAAAGCCCCGGUGAAUGAA